UGGGGGGGUGCUGCGGGCAGGAAGCGGAAGCGUCGAGUAACCCCUGGCUGCAGUUGAGAGCGCGAGAGCUCACUUCUCACUCAGCUCAGCCAGAGCUGGAGGUGGGCGCCCAGCUCUGAGAGGCCGGCGGACAAAUGGACAUGUCCUGUGCCCUAGGGCUCGGGACACUGCUGGCCCUGCCGGGGGUCCUGGGCUCGGGUAACAGUGCCCAGGAGGGCGCUGGCUCCAACUCUGUCACCAUCGUCCUACUGCUGCUCCUGCUCCUGCUGCUGGCCACUGGCCUGGCACUGGCCUGGCGCCGCCUCAGCCGCGAUUCUGGAGGCUACUACCACCCCGCCCGCCUGGGCGCCGCGCUGUGGGGCCGCACCCGACGCCUGUUCUGGGCCAGCCCACCAGGCCGCUGGCUCCAGGCCCGGAUUGAGCUGGGGUCUCCAGAUGAGGACCCCGAGCGGCAGGAGGAUGAACAGGAUGUGGAAGAUGACUACUACGACAUGGAAGGUGGCCGGGAGGAGGUUGAAUCCCGGGAAGAGGGGCAGCCAUGUGGAGAGGAGCCCAGCCCACAGCAGGGCCCAGGGCCGGUGGAAGAAGCACACGAUGGUGACGCCAGUGAUGUUGAUGAUGCCGAAGGGGCCCUGGCCCUCAGCUGCCAGGGGCCGGCGGGCUCAGGGGGCAGCGCUGAGGCUCUGCUGAGUGACCUGCACGCCUUUGCUGGCAGUGCGGCCUGGGACGACAGCGCCAGGCCAGCGGGGGGCCAGGAGCUGCAUGUCACUGCACUGUAGGGGCCAGCCCUGGGGUCGCAUCCCUGUCACUGUGCAUCUGCUUCCCAAGCUGCCGUGGCUGGACACAGCCUGCCCUGGAGCCCCACAUGGAAAGCCUCAGACUGUCACUCCCUCGACUAGUUCAGUCCCCCAGUCUGUGCAUCCCCACCCCCUCCAGAAGGCCACCAUCCCGUGCCCACCCAGGGCACUGGGCAGCCAUCUGAAAUAAAACCCCUACAGCCCU